CUCAGACACACACGGAGCCGCUGCCGCUCAGACAGCCCGGGGAAGGGGCAUCGCUUGGUUCCAAAGCCCCUACCUCGUCCCUCCCUCUUCCUCCUCCUCCUCCUCUCCUCCUCCUCCUCCUCCUCCUCCUCCUCCCCGCCGGGUGCCCCCUCUUCCUCUCCAAGCCCCGGGCACCUCGGCUCCAGGACUGCGCUGCGGGCACCGCUAGCGGGGGGCACCGGUGCCUGGGGGAGGGGGGGUCCGCUGUCGGAUCCUUUUUUCUUUUUUUUCUUUUUUCUUUUUUUCCUUCUCCCCUCGGUCUCGCCACCCACCCGGGCUGAUGUGCUGUGCGAGAGGGGGGACAUGGAAGUGUUGAUGCUGUGGCUCUUUCCCUGGAUGUUUCAGUGCGUCUCGGUGCGGGCGGACUCCAUCAUCCACAUCGGUGCCAUCUUCGAGGAGAAUGCGGCCAAGGACGACGAGGUUUUCCAGCUGGCCGUGUCCGACCUGAGUCUCAACGAUGACAUCCUGCAAAGCGAGAAGAUCACCUACUCCAUCAAGUUCAUCGAAGCCAACAACCCUUUCCAGGCUGUGCAGGAAGCCUGCGACCUGAUGACCCAAGGUAUCUUAGCCUUAGUCACAUCCACUGGUUGUGCCUCUGCAAAUGCCCUCCAGUCCCUCACGGAUGCCAUGCACAUCCCACACCUCUAUGUCCAGCGCAACACAGGAGGCUCCCCUCGCACCGCCUGCCAUCUGAACCCCAGCUUGGAUGGAGAGGAGUACACCCUGGCCUCGCGGCCCCCCGUCCGCCUCAACGAUGUGAUGCUCAAGUUGGUCACGGAGCUGCGGUGGCAGAAGUUCAUCGUCUUCUAUGACAGUGAAUAUGAUAUCCGUGGGCUUCAGAGUUUUCUGGACCAAGCCUCAAGGUUGGGGCUGGACGUCUCCCUGCAAAAGGUGGACAGAAACAUCAGCAGAGUGUUCACUAGCCUGUUUACCACCAUGAGGACGGAAGAGCUGAAUCGCUAUCGGGACACAUUACGGAGAGCCAUCCUUCUGCUCAGCCCCCGGGGAGCCCAAACGUUCAUCAAUGAGGCAGUGGAAACCAACCUGGCUUCAAAGGAUAGUCACUGGGUCUUUGUUAAUGAGGAAAUCAGUGACCCAGAGAUCCUGGAGCUGGUGCACAGUGCUCUGGGCAGAAUGACUGUGGUCCGCCAGAUCUUUCCCUCGGCAAAGGACAGCCAGAAAUGUACAAGGAAUAACCAUCGGAUCUCGUCACUGCUGUGUGACCCUCAAGAAGGUUAUCUGCAAAUGCUGCAGGUCUCCAACCUCUACCUGUAUGAUAGUGUGCUGAUGCUAGCCAACGCCUUCCACAGAAAACUAGAGGACAGGAAAUGGCACAGCAUGGCCAGCUUGAACUGCAUGAGGAAGUCCACCAAGCCAUGGAAUGGAGGGAGAUCCAUGCUGGAGACCAUAAAGAAGGGUCACAUUACUGGGCUCACUGGAGUGAUGGAAUUCCGAGAAGACAGCUCUAAUCCUUAUGUCCAAUUUGAAAUCCUUGGCACCACCUACAGUGAGACGUUCGGCAAAGAUAUGCGCAAGCUGGCAACAUGGGAUUCUGAGAAAGGACUGAACGGCAGCCUGCAGGAGAGACAUACGGGCAAUGACUUACAAGGACUGACCCUGAAAGUGGUGACUGUCUUGGAAGAACCUUUUGUGAUGGUGGCAGAGAACAUUCUUGGGCAGCCUAAACGUUAUAAGGGGUUCUCCAUUGAUGUCUUGGAUGCACUAUCCAAAACACUGGGUUUCAAAUAUGAGAUUUAUCAAGCUCCUGAUGGCAAAUAUGGACACCAACUCCACAAUACAUCUUGGAAUGGAAUGAUUGGAGAACUCAUCAACAAGAGAGCAGACAUGGCCAUCUCGGCUAUCACUAUAACUCCUGAACGUGAAAGUGUGGUGGAUUUUAGCAAGCGGUACAUGGACUAUUCGGUGGGAAUUCUCAUCAAGAAGCCAGAGGAGAAAAUCAACAUCUUCUCUCUCUUUGCUCCCUUUGAUUUUGCCGUCUGGGCCUGCAUCGCGGCUGCUAUCCCUGUGGUUGGUGUCUUGAUAUUUGUACUAAACCGGAUCCAGGCAGUCAGAGCCCAGAAUUCUUCCCAGCCCAACCCAUCUGCAUCCUCCACGCUUCACAGCGCCAUAUGGAUUGUGUAUGGAGCCUUUGUCCAGCAAGGAGACGAGUCAUCUUCAAAUUCCGUUGCUAUGCGAAUUGUGAUGGGGAGUUGGUGGCUCUUCACGCUGAUUGUGUGUUCAUCCUACACGGCUAACCUCGCUGCCUUUCUCACGGUGUCCCGGAUGGAUAAUCCUAUAAGAACAUUUCAGGAUCUCUCCAAACAAAUGGAUCUGUCUUACGGCACAGUCAAGGAUUCUGCAGUCUACGAAUACUUUAAAGCCAAAGGCACCAAUCCACUGGAGCAGGAUAACACAUUUGCGGAGCUCUGGAGGACCAUUAGUAAGAACAACGGGGCCGACAAUUGCGUCUCCAAUCCAUCUGAAGGCAUCAGGAAGGCAAAGAAAGGGAGCUACGCUUUUCUCUGGGACCUCGCAGUGGUGGAGUACGCAGCCCUGACAGACGAUGACUGUGCAGUGACCGUCAUUGGGAACAGCAUCAGCAGUAAGGGCUACGGGAUCGCGCUCCAACAUGGCAGCCCCUACAGGGACCUCUUCUCCCAAAGGAUCCUGGAAUUGCAGGACACGGGAGACCUGGACGUCCUGAAGCAGAAGUGGUGGCCGCGGAUGGGGCGCUGCGAUCUGAAUGGCCACGCCGGCGCCCAGACCGACGGGAAGUCCCUGAAGCUCCACAGCUUUGCCGGCGUCUUCUGCAUUUUAGCCGUCGGCCUCCUCCUUGCCUGCUUGGUGGCAGCCCUCGAGUUGUGGUGGAACAGCAACCGUUGCCGCCAGGAAACGCCGAAAGAGGAUAAAGAAGUCAACUUGGAGCAGGUCCACAGACGUAUGAACAGCUUAAUCGAUGAAGACAUCGCCCACAAGCAGAUUUCCCCCGCGUCCAUUGAGAUCUCGGCUCUGGAGAUCGGGGGCAUGCCAUCCAGUCAGACCUUAGAACCCGUGCGCGAAUACCAGAACACUCAGCUCUCGGUCACCACGUUUUUGCCAGAACAGACAGGCCAUGGACCCAGCAGGACACUCACAUCUGCCUCCGGCAGUAACCUACCGCUGCCCCUCAGCAGCUCAGCUACCAUGCCCUCGAUACAAUGUAAACACAGGUCACCGAAUGGAGGACUAUUUCGUCAAAGCCCCGUAAAAACCCCCAUCCCAAUGUCUUUUCAGGCUGUGCCCGGGGGGGUCAUUCCAGAAGUCAUGGAGCCUUCCCAUGGAACAUCCAUAUGAUCCUGACAAACCGAUCGUCCAAGCAACCAACCAGCAGAGCUUUUUAAUACAAUUAAAAAAAAAAAAAGAAAAAAAAGAAAAAACUCUUACCUUUUUCUUGUACAUAUCUGUAAAUAACGGAAGAAUGAAGUGGGGUAAAAGUGUAUUUUGAAUAUUCCCAAUUUUCGAAGUCAGUAAAAAAAAAACAAAAACAAAAAAUGUAUGAAUGACUUUGUAAAUUUUGUUCUAUAUGAAUAAAAAGGCAAAUUCCUUGUGA